AAAAAACUCAAAACAUGGCCGACAUUAUUGAUUUGGAGCAUCAUCAUAUUUUGGAGGAGUACAAACAAAAUCUCGAGGAGAUUCUGCCAACAAUUGAUGCCAACAAAGAUGGCUUCAUUGACCUCAGCGAGCUUAAAUCCGCACUGGACCAGGUUGGGUUUAAAUUACCAGGAUAUCAAGUGCGUGAAAUGAUCGAUGAAUUCCAAAAUAAGCAACGCACGUCCCACCAAGGUAAACUGAAUUUAGAAGAGUUUGAGAAUUUGUGUCUGGAUCUCAAGUCAAAGGAUGUAGCCAGCACAUUCAAGACCGUUGUCUCCAAAAAAGAGAAUUUGGAAACUUUGGGCGGUAUGUCCAGCAUCUCAUCCGAAGGUACCACACAUUCUGUGCGCUUGGAAGAACAGCUAGCUUUCUCCGAUUGGAUCAACUCCAACUUGGGUCACGAUCAGGAUUUGAAACAUCUGCUGCCCAUUGAUGCCGAAGGCAAACGUUUGUACCAAUCGAUUAAGGAUGGUAUUUUAUUGUGCAAAAUCAUUAAUCACUCCUGCCCCGACACAAUUGAUGAGAGAGCCAUUAACAAGAAAAAUCUCACCGUUUACCGUGAAUUUGAGAACUUGACACUGGCAUUGGUUUCCUCGCAAGCCAUUGGCUGCAACAUUGUGAAUAUUGAUGCCCAUGAUCUGGCCAAGGGUAAACCUCACUUGGUUUUGGGUUUGCUGUGGCAGAUUAUUCGCAUUGGUCUCUUCAGUCACAUUACUUUGGAUAGCUGCCCUGGCUUGGCAGGUCUGUUGUUCGACAAUGAACGUCUGGAAGAUCUAAUGAAAAUGUCGCCAGAAGCUAUUUUGCUUCGUUGGGUAAAUCAUCACCUGGAACGUGCCGGUAUUUCUCGUCGCUGCACCAACUUCCAAUCGGAUAUUGUUGAUUCUGAAAUCUAUUCCCAUUUGCUAAAGCAAAUCGCUGGUAACGACGUCGAUGUCAACCUGGAUGCUUUGCAUGAGAAGGAUUUGGUAUCCCGUGCCGAAAUUAUGUUGCAACAAGCAGCCAAAUUGAACUGUCGCAGCUUCUUGACACCACAGGACGUCGUCAAUGGGGUCUACAAGUUAAAUUUGGCUUUUGUUGCUAAUCUAUUCAAUAAUCACCCUGGUCUAGAUCAACCAGAACAAGUUGAGGGUCUAGAGUCCAUUGAGGAAACACGCGAAGAGAAAACUUACCGCAACUGGAUGAACUCCAUGGGUGUAAGUCCUCAUGUUAACUGGUUGUAUUCCGAUUUGGCCGAUGGUUUGAUAAUCUUCCAAUUGUGUGACAUCAUUAAACCGGGUAUUGUGAACUGGAGUCGUGUCCACAAACGGUUUACACCCUUGCGCAAAUUUAUGGAGAAAUUAGAAAACUGCAAUUACGCUGUGGAGUUGGGUAAACAGCUUAAAUUCUCCUUAGUUGGUAUUGCCGGUCAGGAUUUGAAUGAUGGAAAUGCAACCUUAACUCUAGCUUUAAUUUGGCAACUGAUGCGUGCCUAUACUCUAUCCAUUCUGUCACGAUUGGCCAACUCUGGCAAUCCAAUUGUUGAAAAGGAAAUCGUACAAUGGGUCAACAGCAAACUUUCCGAGGCCGGCAAAGAAACAUCUCUUAAGAAUUUCAAUGAUCCAGCCAUUGCUGACGGCAAAAUAGUUAUUGAUCUGAUUGAUUCCAUCAAGGCAGGCAGUAUUAACUACGAUUUGGUGCGAACCGGUGGAACCGAAGAGGACAAUCUGGCCAAUGCCAAAUAUGCCAUUUCAAUGGCACGCAAAAUUGGUGCCCGAGUCUAUGCGCUACCCGAAGACAUUACUGAAGUCAAACCCAAAAUGGUUAUGACCGUGUUUGCAUGUAUGAUGGCUUUGGACUACAUUCCCAACAUGGACAGUGUCGAGAAUCAAAACAACAUUAACAAUAGCAACUAAACGACAUGCCAAGAUGCCAAAUGCAACAAGAAACCAACCUAAACAUCGAGAAUUAAUCCACCUCCACAACAAAUAUUUUUAAUAACAACUGAUUGAUUUAAUGAGAGAAAGAAAAUGUGAAUUGAAA